AUGUCUACGGAAAAUCAUAACGGCAGCACACCCCACGCAAAUGGCAGUGUUAAAACAGCUAUUGGAAGCAGUUUAUCAAGUGUAUCAGCGUCACAGGCAUCAAUGACACAACCCAGGACACUAUCGUCGUCAAUAACAACCAACAACACCUCAUUUUUGUACAGCAGUAAUUCGACGUUGAACCGUGAAAAAUCUCGACAAGCUCCACCGCCAACGCUGCCGAAAUACACAUCAAGUUUUAACGCCGGUACUAAUGGCAAUGCUACUGCUGAUCGGCUUACACGGGAUCGUGAAACUGGCAGCAGCUAUAGGCUUGCCAGUUUAGAUCGACUUGCUGUAAGACAACGGAUCCUCGACGGAGAGAAACCCAACGGGGAUAUUGCGAAUUCGAUGCAAACAAAGCGUGAGCUGUUUUUUAAAGGCGAGAGUGGAUUGACGACGUCUCCUACUGUCCCGUCUGUUCCGCCUCCACAGCCACCGAAUGCAAUGUCAACCACACCAGCCGGAGCAACAAUAAUACCAACAUCAACAACAACCGGAGCAGCAACAAUAAUAACCGCGACAACGACAAUGACAACAACGCCAGUGCCAUCCUCAACAGUGCCACCGGUCGCAUCGGUAAAACCACGGUUGCCCUCUAAUAUGAGUGUCGACCAGGAAGACAGCAACAAACGUGACAGUAAUAAAGAAUCUGCUCUGCAAAUUCAUCUGCGUCCAGCAGCUUUGCCAUCAAAGCCACGUGAACCAGAUGGUUAUGUUGGCUUCGCUAAUCUGCCUAAUCAAGUUUACCGUAAAGCUGUCAAAAAGGGCUUUGAAUUUACUCUGAUGGUUGUCGGCGAGUCUGGAUUGGGUAAAUCAACCCUCAUAAACUCACUUUUUCUUACGGAUGUUUAUAGUGCUGAAUAUCCAGGUCCUAGUCUACGAGUUAAAAAAACCGUCGCUGUUGAGACAAGUAAAGUCUUGUUAAAUGAAAAUGGUGUUAAUUUAACACUUACUGUUGUUGAUACUCCCGGAUUUGGUGACGCUGUUGAUAACAGUAAUUGUUGGGUACCAGUAAUCGAGUACAUCGAAUCAAAAUACGAAGAAUUUUUAAACGCAGAGUCACGUGUUGUCAGAAAACAAAUACCCGACAGCCGUGUACACUGUUGUCUUUACUUCGUCGCACCGUCGGGUCAUGGAUUAAAACCGUUGGAUGUUGAAUUUAUGCAACGGCUUCAUGACAAAGUUAACAUCAUUCCUAUCAUCGCUAAGGCUGAUACAAUGACUCCUGAAGAGUGUGCACAAUUUAAGAAACAAAUAUUAAAUGAAAUAGCGCAGCAUAAAAUUAAAAUUUAUGAGUUCCCUGAGCUUGAAGAAGAAGAGGAAAAUAAAUUCCACAAGAUUCUGAGGGACCGAGUGCCAUUUGCCGUCGUUGGUGCAAACACGGUCAUUGAAGUUGAUGGUAAAAAAGUUCGUGGCCGUAAAUAUCCAUGGGGUGUUGCUGAAGUUGAGAAUCUAGAGCACUGUGACUUUAUCGCCCUCCGUAACAUGGUCAUCAGAACGCAUUUGCAAGACUUGAAGGAUGUGACAAAUAACGUUCAUUACGAAAAUUUCCGUUGCCGUACAUUGGCUGGUGUCGGGGUUGACGGCAAGCCGACGAGAAUUUCUAACAAGAACCCUCUGGCGCAGUUAGAGGAAGAGAAGCGAGAGCAUGACGCUAAAAUGAAGAAAAUGGAAAUGGAGAUGGAGCAAGUUUUCGAGAUGAAAGUUAAGGAGAAAAAACAGAAGCUGAGAGACUCUGAAGCUGAUUUACAAAGAAGACAUGAACAAAUGAGACGAUCCCUUGAACAACAAUUACGUGAGCUAGAGGAUAAAAGACGCGCUUUCGAAGCUGAGAGACAGGUUUGGGAGCAACAAACUGGGCAAAGCAUUGAAGAACUACGCAGACGUAGUUUGGAUAAUAAUUCUAAAGAAAUUUAA